AUGCUAAGGCAUACUAUUAAACCCCAUAAACUCCUCCCAACUUCUAAUAUCCUUGCUGUCAAUAAUCACCGAGGGUACACCAGCUACAAACAAAUCACCAGUCUACCCUUAGAUGUUGAUCAUAAUACAACCGACCACAAUUAUAUCAAAUACCUUGCCCAAAAUUUCCCAGAACUUGGUCCGUACCCUACAUAUUCUAAAUAUGUCAACCCAUUACAUUUUUAUCAAAAUACUGUGAUGAACCAAUGGAGUUCAAAAAAAGCCCAUCCCAUCACAUUACAACAACUAGCGAAUUUCGGGAAAAAAUUGAGCAAAGAAAAGGUGCUUUCGUCUGCUAAUUUCGUGAGAUUAGAAAUCGCCAUCAGAAUUGCUAAAAAAUUGAAAGAUUUCCAAAUUUUACCGUUUGCCGCUAUUUCAAACCAUCAUUUGGUCAGGGUAUAUGAAAGUUAUUACAAUAUUUUUGAAUCGUUUAGAAAGAUCAAACCGAUCACCAAUCUUGAGGAGAACGAAGAGUUUUGCAAAACUUUAUCGAGAAUGUUGCAUGAUAAUUUAUUAAGUUUGCCUCAUCUCAUCAUGGGUUCGUUAGAAUGCCGGAUUUUAAAUUCGAUGACUCAAAAAAACUUGGACGAGUUCAUGUCAGCCACCCUAAGAGCCAGGGUAUCCAGAAGAUUGAUUUGCGAAGAACAUUUGUCGUUGACCGACAAAUUUAAGAACUCCAGUAAAAAUAUCGAUAUGGAUGAUUGCAUUGGUGAUAUUUUUUAUAAAUGUUCGGCCAUAGAAAAUUUACAAUUCUGCGCAUCUCGGAUCACGGACACUUACAAAGAGGUUGAAUUCCUAGAAAAAGAUUUCUUGCUCCCAGAAUUGAUCAUCCAAGGUAAUGAUGUUAAAUUUCCAUUUAUGGUUACCCAUUUGCGAUACAUUUUUGGAGAAAUUCUUCGAAAUUCUUAUGACUCAACGAUCAAUAAUUUUAUUUAUAAUAAUGGCGACAAACCGCGAGAUUUCUUCCUUAAGAAUCGUCCACCACCAAUAAAGGUCACCAUCAUAAACGCCAAGAACUCGAUAGAGUUCAGAUUCAGUGAUCAAGGUGGUGGCCUAAAAGGAAUGCCAAUCGAUAAAAUUUGGUCUUUUGGGAAAAAUGAACGAAUUGCUAGGGAGAGUUUAAGCAAUUUUCAUAAAAUCCCAGGCUUGCAAUUAGCAGGAGAUUAUAGUCCAAUGAAUUUCGACUCCUCUGAUCCGGCGGUGGAGAAAGAAUUGGAAGAUGAAGUUCCCCAUUUGAAUAUUGACCCAGAUGUCGUCGAUCAUUCUGCAAAUAAAGGAGGCCACGAGUUUGUUAAAGCUAAUAUCCCAAACACUUUACAAAAUUUGAUCGAACGUCCCUCCAACUUCAAGUUGAAUUUAGGAUUGGCAAUGUGCAAAGUAUAUGCUGAGUAUUGGAAUGGUAACAUUGUGAUGAAUUCAUUAGAAAACUAUGGCACUGACACGCAUUUGUCAUUACUGAAAUUGGAGAUGAGCAACCGGUUACAAUUGGAUAAGGCAUAA